CUGUUUUUGUCUAAGUUGAUUUCAGUAAAAUGGAGGGAAAUAUCAUAGGAGGUCAAGACGCUUCGAUAGAAGAGUUUCCUCACGUUGUGUUUAUAUAUUUGACUUGUAAUAAAUUUUCUUGGAUUUGCGGUGGGUCUAUUUUGACCCAGAGUUUAGUGCUGACGGCUGCUCAUUGCUUCAAAUACUGUCAGGAAGAACUGGAUGUGGUUGUUUUUGUUGGAAGAGCCGUAAUGCCGCAGGCAAAAGCAGCGAGAAAUGUGACUCUGUACAUGAUUCACGAGGGCUUUGACGAGCGAACUUACCGCGACGACAUCGCUCUAGCGUGCACUAUGGAGGAGCUGCCUCUUGGGAGGACUGUCAGACGAGUGAUCAUAGCGAGGAGCUUCUCUCGUGAGGCGAAACUGCAAGUUGCUGGCUGGGGACUCGUCGGUUCUAUUCAUGAAAAGCCUGACUUGGGGACAGGCAGGCUGCAAUCCCUGAAGCAGUCGUUCAAGCGCAAGGAAGCGUGCAGGCAGUACGCGCUCUCACCUGGCAUGAUGUGUGUUGAGAACGCUAUCACUAACCGCCCAAGUUUGGGCGACUCCGGCUGCGGCCUAAUCGCCAACUCCAUCCAACUAGUCGGACUGGUAUCGUUUCGGCACAGUGGGCUCAAACACAUCGUCAUCUACAUGAACGUCUCUCACUACUAUGACUGGAUACAACGGAGCGCCAGCCAACUGAUUUGUACAGAUCUGUGAAGGGGGGCUAAAGAUACUUCGUUGCUUUUAAUUGCACUUAAACUAAACACGAUUGGUGCAAAUUUUGCA